AUGUCCAUGUUUAUGGAAGCAGCGAUGCUGCCUUCCCCCGAGGAAGGACGGAUUAGAAAAGGUCGGCCCCAAAAACCGCACACUCCGAUCGCCCAACGGUUGACCCAACCAACAGUGGUUGUUUUUCUCGAUCUGAAAGCUGCCUUUGACUCUGUGGACCGCCAAGCAUUAUGGCAGUGUCUGUGGAGCAAAGGUGUACCCCAUAAAUUCUUGACCCUCAUCAAGGGGCUGUACACCAACUCCCGUAACGGUGUAAAGGUCUACGGGAAGCUCUGUCCUGAAUUCACCACAUCCACUGGUGUCCGACAGGGCUGUCCUCUUUCACCUUUCCUCUUCAACUUCGUCAUUGACACGAUCAUGAAAGACGCACUACCAGCCUCUAAUGCCUGUGGGGUCGAAGUGCUCCCUGGGCCUCCGCUCACAGAUAUCGAGUACGCAGACGACAUAGCUCUUCUGGGAUCUGAUCCCGUU